UACCGAUAUUUAGUAAUAUAUCGAUACCUAUUAAAAGUACUUAUAUCAAAAGAUCGUAACAGCCAACAGGUUCUACACUAUUGUACUAUUGAUUGAAUACUAAUUUACUGUGUAGUAUCUGAACUUCUGAACGUUUCCCUAAAAUUACCAUAUACAAUAAACUCCACGAGCCACGACCAGACCUAAUUCUAAUCUGUCGCACAGUUUUUUUAACAUUUUUAAUUUUUUUCAGUCUUAUUUAUUGUGAUUCAAAGUACUCGGAUAACUACGGUUUUUGUUUUUCCAACAGUUCAACAUCUAUAUUUAUAAUAUUUUAUACUUUCAUCUAAAUAAUAAACAUAUUAUUACUUUUAAAAUGUCUCAAUUUACUUUUGUAAACGAUCUUAAAAGUGCCGUUCGAAUGGAUGAGCCAAUUACCAGUGGUCCAGCUCCUCGUUGGAUGAAGAAAAKCGUGGAAUCAUCCUUGAGUUCUGCAAAUACGUCAAGAAAAACUGUUGAGUUGGUGCCUAUCAAGAAGACUCCUUCUAAAACCCCCAGCAAUUCAAAAUCACCAGCUUCAAGAUCAGCAUCAAACACACCAGCUAAGCCUAAAACACCUGGUGGUGACAGAUUCAUUCCUUCCAGAAUGUCUACAAAUUUUGAGAUGAGUCAUUUUAAGAUGAACCAAGAAAACGAAAACCUUGACUUAAGCCCAACUCAAUCAGACUACAGAAAAGCUAUGUCCGAGAAUCUCCAUGGAUGUGACAUUAAUAAUGUUCGUGUUCUUUCCUAUCAGAACAAAGCACCGGCUCCUCCAGAAGGUUAUCAAAAUGCCUUAAAAGUAGUUUACAGCCAAUCAAAGACUCCCAUGAAUGUACGUGGAGCUACUCGUUAUAUACCACACGCACCAGACCGUAUUUUGGAUGCUCCUGAAAUUGUUGAUGACUAUUACCUAAAUUUAAUUGACUGGAGCUUUUCCAACUUAUUGGCUGUCGCCUUGGGCACAAGUGUAUAUCUUUGGAAUGCUGACACUGGAGCUAUUGACCAACUGUUAGAUUUAGAAGGUGCAGACUAUGUCACUUCUCUUAGUUGGGUACCUAAUGGAAACUUACUAGGUGUUGGAACUGCUUUAGGACCUGUUCAAUUAUGGGAUGCAUCACAAACAAAGCGGUUGCGUAUUAUGAACAGUCACAGUUCAAGAGUGGGCGCUAUGUCAUGGAACAGUCAUAUAUUAACUACUGGUUGCAGAAAUGGACAACUUGUCCACAACGACGUCAGACAGAGAGAACACAUUGUUGGUACAAUUCAAUCCCACACUCAAGAAGUUUGUGGUCUUAAAUGGUCAACUGAUGGUCGUUAUCUAGCCAGUGGAGGCAAUGAUAACUUACUGAAUGUGUACAGUGGCUUACCAGACCAAGCUACAUACCAAUCUGAACCAAUAUACAGUUUCAGCCAACAUCAAGCUGCCGUUAAAGCAUUGGACUGGUGUCCAUGGCAAACCAAUGUACUAGCCAGUGGAGGUGGUACAGCUGACCGAACCAUCAGGUUUUGGAAUUGCAACAAUGGCCAGUGUAUUAAUUCAGUCAAUGCCAACUCACAGGUGUGCGCAAUUCUGUGGUCCAAAACUUACAGAGAAUUGGUAUCAGCGCACGGUUUUGCAAAUAACCAGCUCACAAUUUGGAAGUAUCCUUCACUGACAAAGGUUGCUGAGCUCACUGGGCACACAAAUCGUAUUCUGAAUUUGGCCAUGUCACCAGAUGGAUCAACAGUGCUGUCAGCUGGUGCAGAUGAGACUUUGCGAAUGUGGAAGUGUUUUUUGCCAGAUCCAAACAAGAAGAAAGAACAUGAGAAACGCACUUCUAGGCCCACUAUGCUGAGACCAGGACUUAGAUAAAUAUUUUGAAUUUGUUAAUUUAUUUUCUUUGUCAAUUAAACUUAUAUACAAUAUUUUUGUAAACUUUUUACUUGUGUAUUUUUAGCUUUUUAAUUUUAUUUUGACAUGACUCAGUCAUACUUUAAUUCGCAUGUUGUACAUAGUUAAACAAAUUUUUUUAUAAUUAUUAUCUCUAUUGUAUUAUUUAUUAGGUCAAUGUAUUUUUUCGAACACGUAAUUUUGUGUUAUGUUAACCAAAUGUAUUCAGA